AUGAGUUUACAACUCAAUUAUAGUGGCAAUAGCAGUUCAGAGCGGGAGGUCGCGGGAGGAACCGAUAAAACAGGUGGACACGACAAUGCGCUUCUAAAAGCUGGAGUUUUGGGAUUGAUUUUUGUCUUAGCCACAUGUGGGAAUUUGUGCCUUCUACAUGCACUUUGGAGGAAGCGCAAGAUGAAUACAAGGACCCAACUGUUCCUUCUGCACCUGUGCUUUGCGGACCUGGUGGUCGCUUUCUUCCAAGUCCUACCGCAGCUCUGCAUGGAGAUUACGCACCGGUUCCGGGGCUCAGAUUUCGUCUGUAGGUCGGUGAAAUAUCUUCAGGUGGUUGGGAUGUUCGCCUCCACAUACAUGAUAGUGGCCAUGACCAUUGACCGGUACCAUGCAGUCUGCAAACCCAUGGUGUCGUUCUUGAAGGGUUCCUUUAAGAGGUACGUCGCCAUAGGCUCAGCGUGGCUGAUCUCUCUGGCUUUCAGCACCCCGCAACUCUUCAUCUUCUCUCUUCAAGAACUAGAGGACAACCUGUAUGAUUGUUGGGCGACAUUUAUCGAACCUUGGGGUUCUAAGAUAUACAUCAGCUGGAUUUCUUUAUCAGUGUUUGUUCUCCCGGUUAUCAUCUUGCUGUACUGCCAGAUUAAAAUAUGCACGGGGAUAUACUUUAACAUGAAGAGAAAGGCGCUCCAGGCUUCCACGAGCGACGGGCGCACGGGCACCAAAGGGGUCUCGAGCGCGAUGUUGAAGACGGUCAAAAUGACAUUCGUCAUCAUUAUGGUCUACUCAAUAUGCUGGAGCCCCUUCUUUGUGGUCCAGUUGUGGUCUGCAUGGAGUCCCAGUACUGCGCCCACAAAUGGUAAGUCAGAUUUGUUGUCUGUUCUUUUGUUUUUUAAAUUGAUUAUUUGUGUACCUGUUUGACAUUUUACUACAUUGUUAGGAGCUAGUAACAUAAGCAUUUCGCUGCACCUGCUAUAACAUCUGCUAAACUGUGUACGCGACCAAUACACUUUGGGAUCAGAAAUCAAUGUUUCAUUCUAAGUAAGUUUGAAUCUAUUAAGCACAGAGUGGCUUACUGUCAACUAUGGCAUAAAUCAUUAAUAGCCUUGUGCCACCACAGGCAUCUAGUUUAUUCACACUGAUUGGCCUCCAGUUCCAUUGAUUUGCAUGACCUUUCCCAUUUUUCUGUGAAUACCUGCAGUGCUAUUUUUCUCAUGCCAUAUCCUCUCUCUCUCUCUCUCUCUCUCUCUCUCUCUCUCUCUCUCUCUCUCUCUCUCUCUCUCUCUCUCUCUCUCUCUCUCUCUCUCUCACUCUCUCACUCUCUCUCUCUCUCUCUCUCUCUCUCUCUCUCAGGUCCAGUAUUUGUCAUCAUCAUGCUGCUUGCCAGUCUGAACAGCUGUACCAACCCCUGGAUUUAUCUUUACUACAGCUAGGAGACAAUAUGAUGGACUAG